CAAUGAGCUCUGAUAAGAACUGUUUUUUUUUUAAGUUGAAAUAAAGCAAUGCACAAUAACCACAAAUGACGAAUGAACAAAGUUUACGGAAAACAAGUACAAAAUAUUUUUAGUUUAGCAAUCCGAUGUGUGUUUAUCUUGUUUAAAAUUAAUUCAAUUAAUAAUGUCGGGAUUUAGUGGAGCUUUGCAAUUAACAGAUUUAGAUGAUUUUAUAACACCUUCUCAGGAAUGCAUUAAACCAGUUAAAAUUGACAAAAAUGGGAAGAGUAAUACAGGAUCAAAGGUAAAAAUACAAGGAGAUGGAUAUUUUCAAAUUGAUGAAGAUGGAAGUUUCCAAAAGUUACAAAAAGUAGAAAUAAGUUUAUCCGACUGUUUAGCAUGUUCUGGUUGUAUAACAUCUGCUGAAAGUGUUUUAGUUUCACAGCAAAGUCAAGAAGAAUUGUUAAAAGUAUUUGAAGAAAAUAAACGCUUAAAAGAGAGUGAUAAAUAUGAAGAUUCUAAAGUUAUUAUUGUUAGUUUAUCUAUUCAGCCAAUAUUGUCUUUGGCAAUCCAUUUUAAUUUAUCUCCAAAUAAUUGUGCCGCAAAACUUUGUCAGUAUUUUAAACAACUAGGUGCAGAUAUGGUAGUAGAUAUGACAUUAGCUGAUGAUUUUGCAAUUAUUGAGGCUCAAAAAGAAUUUAUAAGUAGAUACAGAACAUCUGAGGAUAAUAGUGUGAAUAAUAUCUUGCCAAUGUUAGCAUCAAGCUGUCCAGGAUGGGUUUGUUAUGCUGAAAAAACUCAUGGUAAUUACAUAUUACCAUAUAUUUCUACAACAAAAUCACCACAACAGAUUAUGGGUUCUUUAAUCAAAGAUUGGGUCUGUCAACAGUUGGGAAAUCCUAAUAUAUAUCAUGUGGCUGUAAUGCCCUGUUAUGACAAAAAAUUGGAAGCCUCUCGGGAAGAUUUCUUUUCUGAAACUACACAAAGUAGAGAUGUGGAUUGUGUUAUUACUGCCAUUGAAUUAGAACAAAUGUUAUCCAAAGAAAAUUUUAAACUUGAGGAUUUAGAAGACGGUAAAUUUUCUCAACCUUGGUUACCUGGCGAAAAAGAUAUUAUUCCAUCAUUGAUAAAACAUAUAGGAUCUGGAUCAGGAGGAUAUGCUGAUCACAUUUUUAAAUAUGCUGCUAAAGAAUUAUUUGGAAAAGACUGUGAUAAUUUAGAAUAUAAAUGUUUGAGGAAUCAAGAUUUCAAAGAAGUCCUUUUAGAAUUGAACGGUAAAGUUGUUUUGAGGUUUGCCAUUGCUAACGGAUUCAGGAAUAUACAGAAUUUAGUACAGAAGUUAAAAAGAGGCAAAUCUCAAUAUCAUUAUGUUGAAGUUAUGGCUUGUCCGUCAGGUUGUUUGAAUGGAGGGGCACAGGUCAGGCCUAAAGAUGGUGUAACAAUCAAAGAUCUUUUGUCGGAAAUCGAUUGUUUAUAUAAUUCGCUGCCGAUUCAUUUUCCCGAAAAUAACCAAAUUAUAAAAAAAUUGUAUGAUACUUGGUUGGGAGGUGAAGAUAGCGAUAAAUGUUUUGGUAUUCUACACACCAAUUACCAUGCAGUAGAGAAAUCUAUAAACGCAUUGAAUAUCAAGUGGUAGAUUGCUGAAAUCCAAACUGGUGUAUUUCGUUUUAAAUAAUAGUUCUCUAAUGGGUAAGGGGAAUAGUCCCAAUAUAUUUUUAAAAAAUAAACUUUGAAUCUAAAAGUAACAAAUAUUAAAGUAAAAACGACA